GCGUUUGUUGCAUGACUUCAGCUCUUAGUUAGCUCGAACUGCUGAGUGCUGAGAUCCUUCCAAGCCUGCCUUUUCUCCUAUUAUUAUUAUUAUUAUUAUUAUUAGGGCUGUGCAAGGGCCGAGGCUGCAACGGGGAAGCCGGCUGAGCUGAGGUGAGAGAUGAGAAACCGGUUGAGCCGGUAAAUCCUAACAAACACAAUAAAAUAACAUAAAAAGGAAGAGAAUAAAAGGACGAGCAUUGAUAGCUAGAGUGAUGAUAGCUAGAAGCAGGCAGAUGGCGUAUUGAGUGGGCGAAGGCUCUGCGGACAUCAUUGCCCUUGGUUUUCCAUAGCCAAGUAAGCGGAUCACGGCCCUUACCUUUUCAUAGCAUUUCCAUCAAGAUCUGAUCUGUUUCUGUCUUGAGAAUCCUGGACAAUCGUUACCAUUAUGGAAGCAAAUGCGGGCAUGGUGGCCGGUUCCUACCGGAGGAACGAGUUGGUCCGGAUUCGCCACGAUUCCGAUAGUGGGCCAAAACCCCUCAAGAAUUUGAAUGGCCAAACCUGUCAGAUCUGUGGUGAUAAUGUUGGACUGACUGCCAGUGGUGACACAUUUGUUGCUUGCAACGAGUGUGCCUUCCCAGUUUGCCGUCCUUGUUACGAGUAUGAGCGGAAAGAUGGUACUCAGUCUUGUCCUCAAUGCAAGACUAGGUACAAGAGGCACAAAGGGAGUCCUCGGGUGGAGGGAGAUGAGGAUGAAGAUGAUGUUGAUGAUCUAGAGAAUGAAUUCAAUUAUACCCAAGGCAAUAGCAAGACUAUACGCCAAUGGCAGGGUGAAGAUGUAGAACUUUCGUCAUCAUCCAGGCAUGAGUCACAACAGCCAAUUCCCCUUCUCACGAAUGGGCAGCCGGUUUCUGGUGAAAUUCCCUGUGCUACACCUGACACCCAAUCUGUGCGAACUACAUCUGGGCCUUUGGGCCCUCCUGAAAAGAAUGUUAACUCAUCUCCUUAUAUUGAUCCAAGGCAGCCAGUUCCUGUUAGAAUUGUGGACCCGACUAAGGACUUGCAUACUUAUGGCCUCGGUAAUGUUGACUGGAAGGAGAGGGUUGAGGGUUGGAAACUCAAACAGGAGAAAAAUAUGAUGCAGAUGACCAAUAGAUACACUGAAGGAAAGGGGGACAUGGAAGGCACAGGUUCAAAUGGGGAAGAACUCCAAAUGGCUGAUGAUGCUCGACAACCUUUGAGUCGUGUCGUACCUAUUCCUUCCUCUCACCUGACCCCGUAUCGUGUCGUAAUCAUCCUCCGGCUUAUUAUUUUGGGCUUCUUCUUGCAAUAUCGUGUAACUCACCCAGUGAAAGAUGCAUACCCAUUGUGGCUAACAUCAGUUAUUUGUGAGAUUUGGUUUGCCUUGUCAUGGCUUUUGGAUCAGUUUCCAAAAUGGUCUCCCAUCAACCGCGAGACCUACCUUGACAGGCUUGCUUUGAGAUAUGAUCGUGAAGGGGAACCAUCACAGUUAGCACCUGUUGAUGUCUUUGUUAGUACAGUGGAUCCCCUUAAAGAACCUCCUCUUGUUACAGCAAACACUGUUUUGUCCAUACUUGCUGUUGAUUACCCUGUCGACAAAGUAUCUUGCUAUGUUUCAGACGAUGGUUCAGCAAUGUUGACAUUUGAAGCCCUUUCCGAAACUGCAGAGUUCGCAAGGAAAUGGGUGCCCUUCUGCAAGAAGCACAAUAUUGAGCCUAGGGCACCUGAGUUUUAUUUUGCACAAAAGAUUGAUUAUUUGAAGGACAAGAUAAAACCUUCUUUUGUUAAAGAGCGCCGAGCAAUGAAGAGAGAAUACGAGGAAUUCAAGGUGCGGAUCAACGCCCUUGUUGCCAAAGCACAGAAGAUGCCCGAAGAAGGUUGGACAAUGCAGGAUGGCACUCCUUGGCCUGGAAAUAAUCCUAGGGAUCAUCCAGGAAUGAUUCAGGUGUUCUUAGGGCACAGUGGAGGCCUUGAUACGGAUGGAAAUGAGCUACCUCGACUUGUGUAUGUUUCUCGUGAGAAGAGGCCUGGCUUCCAACAUCACAAGAAAGCUGGAGCAAUGAAUGCUUUGAUUAGAGUUUCGGCUGUCUUGACAAACGGUGCCUAUCUUUUGAAUGUCGAUUGUGAUCACUACUUCAAUAACAGCAAAGCUCUUAAAGAAGCAAUGUGUUUCAUGAUGGAUCCUGUCCUUGGCAAGAAAACAUGCUAUGUACAGUUCCCUCAGCGAUUUGAUGGCAUUGACUUGCAUGAUCGAUAUGCCAAUCGCAAUAUUGUGUUCUUUGAUAUCAACUUGAAAGGGCUAGAUGGCAUCCAGGGUCCGGUCUAUGUGGGAACUGGUUGUUGUUUCAAUAGGCAAGCUCUAUAUGGUUAUGAUCCAGUUUUGACCGAGGAAGAUUUGGAGCCAAACAUUAUUGUCAAGAGUUGUUGUGGAUCAAGAAAGAAAGGAAGAAGUGGUAAUAAGAAGUAUAUUGACAAGAAGAGGGCAAUGAAAAGAACUGAAUCCACUGUUCCCAUUUUCAAUAUGGAAGAUAUUGAGGAGGGCGUUGAAGGAUAUGAUGAUGAGAGGUCUCUUCUUAUGUCUCAGAAGAGUCUAGAAAAGCGUUUUGGUCAGUCACCAGUUUUCAUUGCAGCCACCUUCAUGGAACAGGGAGGUAUUCCACCAUCAACCAAUCCUGCAACUCUUUUAAAGGAAGCAAUCCAUGUUAUCAGCUGUGGAUAUGAAGACAAGACUGAAUGGGGCAAAGAGAUUGGAUGGAUCUAUGGUUCUGUGACUGAAGAUAUUUUAACUGGGUUUAAGAUGCAUGCGCGGGGUUGGAUAUCUAUAUAUUGUAUGCCUCCACGCCCAGCAUUCAAGGGGUCUGCUCCAAUCAAUCUUUCUGAUCGAUUGAACCAGGUUCUUCGAUGGGCCUUGGGAUCAAUUGAGAUUUUGCUGAGCAGGCAUUGCCCCAUAUGGUAUGGCUACAACGGAAGAUUGAAGCUCCUGGAGAGGCUGGCAUACAUUAAUACCAUUGUGUACCCAAUCACCUCUAUCCCACUGAUCGCUUAUUGCAUGCUUCCUGCCUUCUGUCUUCUAACUGGGAAGUUUAUUAUUCCUGAGAUAAGCAACUUUGCUAGUAUGUGGUUCAUUCUCCUCUUCAUCUCCAUUUUCGCUACUGGAAUACUUGAGCUGAGGUGGAGUGGUGUCAGCAUUGAAGACUGGUGGAGGAAUGAGCAAUUCUGGGUUAUUGGUGGUACAUCAGCCCAUCUCUUUGCAGUGUUCCAGGGGCUUUUGAAAGUUCUUGCUGGGAUUGAUACCAACUUUACUGUCACUUCAAAAGCUUCGGACGAUGAUGGGGAGUUUGCAGAGCUCUAUGUGUUCAAGUGGACGUCUCUUCUCAUCCCACCAACGACAGUCCUUAUUGUGAACUUGGUGGGUAUUGUAGCUGGCGUUUCCUAUGCCAUAAAUAGCGGCUACCAGUCCUGGGGUCCACUCUUUGGCAAGCUGUUCUUCGCAAUAUGGGUUAUUGCUCAUUUGUACCCAUUCUUGAAGGGUUUAGUAGGUCGGCAAAAUCGCACGCCAACCAUUGUCAUCGUCUGGUCCAUACUUCUUGCUUCCAUUUUCUCCUUGCUAUGGGUUCGGAUCGACCCCUUCACAACAGAUUCUACAAAAGCUACUGCAAAUGGUCAAUGCGGCAUCAAUUGCUAAGUUUGUUUCGGAAUCAUUUUGUCCUUAGAAGGCCGCCCUGGUGUACAUAAACAAGAAAUGAAGGUACUGAAGUGGUGUAAACUAAUUUAUGUACUGCUCUAUUCAUGUGAAAGGGAAUUAGUAGAUGGUUGGGGAACGAUUGGACCCAUAAACCCUUACAAUUCUCCCACAAGAUAGUCCCCAUGGAAGUGGGUGUCAAGGUGUUUGUGUCAUCGUUGUGCAGUUUUGUUUGUCUUUCGGUGAAAGCGGAUGGGAAUUUAUCUUAAUAGUCUUGGUACUCGGGAAGAAAAGAAGAAAAAUUGAUGAUAUUCUUUGCAAGGGUUAUGGGGCCAUUUUGUUUAUUUAUUUUUACACCGCUUUGCCUCUUUCUUAUUGUAACACUACAGCUUCCAUAUUUAUUCAAUUUUCUGAGGUGCUAUGCUAUAAACGCGUUUUGUGUU